AUGAGGAACCAAAGAGCGCAGUGCCUGGCGCUUCUUGCGAACCUUCUGCUGUUCGCAGCAGGCGCGCAGGCCGCCAUCUCCUUCAAACUCAACAGCAUCGACUAUCCUGCCUACGCUGACGAGAAGAUGUCUAUGAACGAGUACGCAGUGCUGCCAGGAGGCAGCGGCGCAUGCCUACUGUUGUCGCUGGACAACGGACUGGGCGGUGUCGUACGCUUUACCUAUGCGUCGAACGUGUCGAACGUGCACUGGCGCUCCGACGUGGUGGUGUCGGUCCACAAGCCAAGCGUCUCGCAGUUCUCCAUGGCGGUUCUCGACAAGGUCGACGCCGUCAUUCAAACGAAGCUCUUCAACGCUGUGGAGUUGGCGAGACUGCACAGGCCGAAUGAGGUGGUGGGUCGCGGCACCGAGCGACAGGAAAUUGCGAAUGCCAGCGCUAAGGUGAAGCAGCAGUCUCAGAGCACCACGGUGAGCGUUCGACCGGCGCAGGACGGCACCGGUCCUGCAGCGAAGUUUAUCGAUGGUCACUACGCUGUAUGCUUUCACCUCCUUCGCUCCAAGGCGGUGGCGCAAAAGCCACCGUCGAUGCAGUACGAGCAGGUGAAGGUGCAACUUAUCGAGGUGGUCUCCACGCGCCACUCCACCUCUCUCUACAUCGCAAGACUUAAUGACAACGCCGCAAACUUGCAGAAUGGUGAUGAGACGGCAGGGGGCGCCAUGGCUGAGAUGGACCGCGAGUAUGCAAAAAUGAUCCGGUCGCUCUUCCGUGCGAGCAGCACCACCGAUCUGCGUACCCUUCUUAACCAGGAUGAUCUGGUGACGUCAGAGGAGUUGAAGAGCCGCCUAGAGGACAUGAAAGCUCUGCAGAAGCAGCUCUUCGGGCUCUACCACGGCUUCGAGUACCUGGAGAAUCGCUUCCAGCGAAUGCGCGCCACCGCCGAGGCAACGUUCAACCGCAUCUGGAUUUGCAUGGUUGUCAUAUUGACAGUCAUGGGCGGCACGACUUGGUUCACCUUCCACUACACGAAGGGCUUGAUUAUAAAGAGGAAAUUAAUCUAG